GUAAGAAGCCGGUGCCACUCGCAGCGCCGCCGCCAGUACAAUUUCGAUUGCGCGGGUGAACAGUCGAUAAUGGAUUAUUUUUGUUUUAUAAGACUACCUAGGUAAAAGAGAACGCAGACGAGAGCACAGAAGACAGCCAAGACGCUCCGUGGCUCGCUUAACGAAUUCACUGUUGCAUCUAUAAUAACUACCAUCGCAUUCUGCGGGACCUUCGUGUACGUGGGACCUUUCAGCCAAGGGAUUUUCUUCUUUCAAGUGCUCUCGGACAAGAUCAGGAGGUUCCAAGCGAUGAACUGCUUCAGCUCGACGAUUGUGCCUCUGUCCAAAUAUAUCUUUAUGCACUCCUCAAGCUUUCGCCUAAGCGUAAUAAUGAAGAUGAGUCGUCAAGGUAUGCUGUCACUUCCUGAAGGAAGUACAGCUCAUGCUACGAUGAGGAGAGUGCUCAGAAAGGCCAGUUUCGUCUCAUGGAUGGUGAUCCUGAACCAGGCUUUCAUCCACGUAUUCUACAUGAUUCUGCCAUUCGUAAUGACCAUUUUUGGCAGUGAAAGAUAUCUGCCAACUACACCUGGAGAUAUUUAUGGAAUUUCCUCGAAAUACCAGAGCCCUAACUACGAAAUCACCUUUACUCUAACAUGCGUCGCUGCAAUGUUCUCUGCGUUCAAUCAAACUGUUUACAUUGUCCUGUUCGUGACUCUACUAUCACAUGAACUUGGGCAUUUUUACGCAAUCUGCGAUACAUUUAACGACAUCCAUAAAAUCUUGCAUGACAAACAGCAUACCAAAGAACAAAACAACGAUCACAUAGACUCUUAUGUAUCCGAGAAUGACAAGCAUAAGAAAGUCGAAGAAUUGAUAAGAUUUUGUUUGAAACAUCACCAGUACCUAUUCAGAUACCACCACAGGAUAUGCGACCUGUACAAGGGUAUAUUUGGAGUGCAUUUUCUGAUAAUGAUUAUAGUGCUAGUUACAACCCUGCAGACAUUAAACUCAUGGGGGAUUAUGAACACAAUUCUGACCGGCGUCACAGGAAUCAUGCCUCUGAUGGUAUAUUGUUUUGGUGGAGAAAUGCUUAUAAAUGCGGGAACGGAUAUGUCUUUUGCAAUAUACUCGUGCGGUUGGGAGGAAAUGAAAAUUAAACAUGCAAGAAUGAUACAGCUAAUGCUGUGUUUGUCGCAGCACCCGCUCUGUUAUACCGCCGUCGGCAUAUUUGUAAUGAACCACGACACAUUUGGAAACGUCGCUCAAGUGAUUUAUAAAAUAUACGCAGUAUUCAAUUAA